AUGGAGGUGAUUGGCACGUUAUCCGCAGCUGUGGCCCUAUCCAACACCACCAAUACUUUGAAUCCUGCCACGGAGUCGUCGGGCUCAUAUGUUUUAGCGAGCAUCAGUCAUUUAAGGAGUGACUUUGUGCGGCCGAACGGGUUGCGUGUUUGCGUGCAUAGUGGCGAAAUGUUAAUGAGGACGCACAUCCUGUCAGACCCAACGCCUCAUUUGGAGAAACGGCAGCAGGAGGAGGAGGGAAGUGAUCACCAAACGCAUCAGGGAGAAGGCAGCGGUGCCAUGCCAAAUGGUGAGGUGUUUGGUCGUCUUCUUUCGAGAGUGGGAAGCGGCAGCGACAUGUCAAAUUUAGGUUCGCGGCAUGAAGUGACAUCUGCGGUGUUUUCGUGGCGGUGGCUGUUGGAGAGGAAUGACGUGGCGCCGUUCAAUCACGAGUUGAAAUCAACAAUAUCCAGCGGUAAAAGGACGGACGAUCGCAUUUUAACUCCGCCUGGGCCUAUCCACACGCCGCGUUGUGCAGGUUCGGGGCGGAUGGAUGAUGAGGCCUUGAUUGCCAUUGAUAUGCUGCGCGAAUGGGGCGAAAAGGAAAAGGAGGAACUUUUUUUACGUCACCCGCGCCUGGAAGCGUACGCCACAAGAGAGCUCCACACGCCGCUCUCUGCUGUCCUGACAGGUUUUCCGCUUGCUGGCACUUCAAUGAACGAUAGAAAUGCGAGGCCGGUGGCAAUUUUGGCUCCAUUACCCAAGCUUCCGUCUCAGGGAAUGACGACUACGAAUAAACGUCAUGCCCUAGCAUCCCAUCCAUCAUCGACAGAUUUGGGGCUUCUCUUGAACCCCAGGGUCUCGACAGAAAGGAAUUAUACACCUCAAUUGGGUAAGUUGCUGUCUGGGUUUGCACAGGAGGGAAGGCAAGUGCCACUGGAGGUUGCAUCCGUCAGUCACACCGAUGACAUACCCGAGGAGGACGAUCUGUUGAGCCGGGGACUCUGCGGUCGUGGCGAUCCGAUCUUGGGGGAUCGCGGGAGGGUGUGGCCCUGGCGGAAGGGCGGGAGGAUAGACAAGCGUUCUCUGCCUUUGAACGAUGUCCUGCUGGAGUGCCAUUUUUUUGGGGUGACAGACAUUCUCGAAGUUUUGCGGGAUGACUGUGAGAGUGACGGCAGUGAUGAUGUGCUUUUGCCCAAUUUUCAAGAUAACAAUGAACUGAGCAGGUCAGUUAUAGGCCGGGUUGUGGCGCUGGCGGACCGAUCUCUGAGACGGCAUGCGGGAGAGGAUGAAUAUGGGGAGAUUAGCAGCAACACAGAUGUACACUUCUCUACAGCGGGAAUGCAGGAGGAGAGGAAUGACACUUUUCGGGCCUCACACAUUUUAGUAGAUUCCUAUCAGUCUGCCGAGGAUGAACUUGGCUGCGUAGUGGAUCUGUGGAGGAUGGCAGCGGAGUGUGCGGAACUUUCAUCGUCGUUGACACCUUCUACAGAGACGGAGGUUAUCACCUGA